GGAUGCUAAUGGCGUUGGACCGACAUGUGGUCGAGUGACAGCUCUACUUUUUCGUAAAAACUCACCUUUUUUUAUCCCAUCUACGAAGAUUUUAUCAUCCUCAAGCUUUUAAGAGUUAAUGGUAAAGUGAGAGUUAUCAGAAUGGCUUUAAACCCUUAUGGAGGCAUGGAAGAAUCUAAUUCAUGGAAACCGUAUUGUGUGUCAGAGUUACCCAAGGUCGAAGUACCCAUUAUGUACAACUCGCAGAAUCAACAACCUCAGGGUUUAAACCAAGGCAAUACCCAAGCUCAAGAAUACUCUUCCAAUGAUGUGUCUACCAGUCAAACAAACCUCAUCAUUAACUAUAUCCCACAAGCAAUGACAGAUGAAAAUUUUAGAAUGCUUUUCCAAGCAAUAGGGCCAUUAAAAAACUGCAAAAUCUGUCGAAACAAGGUUACUGGUUGGAGCUAYGGGUUUGGGUUUGUUGACUACUUCACAGCUGAGCAUGCCCAGAAGGCCAUUGAUAAAUUAAACGGACAUCAAGUUGAAAAUAAACGGCUGAAAGUUGCGUUCUCUCGUCCUGGUGCAGAAGUCAACAAAGGUGGUAAUCUGUAUCUGCGUAAUCUCCCAAAACUGGCCAAUGAAAACCAAUUAAAGACUGCAUUUGAAGUUCAUGGAACUAUUGUCAACGUCCGCGUGUUAAGAGACAAGGGAACAGGAUUGUGUAAUGGUACUGGCUUUGUUCUUUUCAACAAAAAAGCAGAAGCGCAAGCUGCCAUGGAUGCAAUGAAUGGGAAAUUUAUUGAGGGUAGUACUGAUGGACUUGUUAUUCGCUUUGCGGAUGAUAACUCUCAAAAAUUAAGGCCUCCUAACAAGGCAUACGCCCCAGGAUUUGUAAACCCUUCACAUUUUCCUAUGUCAGGGCCCGGGCCAAUUAGACCAUCUACAAAUCGCUUUCAGGCACGUUUUAAUCCAAUGGGAGGGAAUGUCGGAGCACCAAUUCCUCAGCAACCCAAUAUGAGGCAAGCCUCUGAAGUCGGUGGCUUUACCUUGUACGUGUACAACAUUGGUUUCCACCCCAAUGAACAAAACCUUGCCGCCCUCUUCUCAAAGUAUGGAGUUGUGAACAAAGUGGAUAUCAUUUGGGAUUGGCAGAAAAACCAAAGCAAAGGAUUUGCUUUUGUUUCCAUGGCAACAAGAGAGGCUGCACAAUUGGCAAUUGAUAACCUUAAUGGAUAUCAGCUAUACAAUCGGCCCCUUCAAGUAUCAUUCUAUGCUGGAAAAAGUGCAAAACAGUGACAAGCUUCAUGGUAAAGUUGACAAAAUGUUUAUAUAUCAACCACUGAUUGUCUUAGAUGAAUUGCAGGGCAUGAAUUUAACUUUUAAUCCCACUUGCAAAACCUUCCAGUAAGCUUUGUUCUUACUUGCAAAAAAUAUUUAAGUCGACUAGUGACUGAUCACAGCAAAUAACAAAUGUUACUUGACGCAGGUUCUAAACUUUUCAGCCCUCCAAUUUCUGGAACUGUGGUCAUACUUAAAACUUAGCUAGAGAGAAUAAGAGAAAAAUAUCAAAUGCCCUUGGCAGGAUUCGAACCAAUGUCUUGGGUAUUUUAGUCCGAUGUGUUAACCACUACACUACAAGGACCAACCACGCUGGUAACUGGCAUAUAUUUUUCUCUUAUUCUCUCUACUUCAUUAUAUACACACCGAACUGUAGUUUUUUUUUUCUUUUUUUUUCUUUUUGCUUGCAUUUUGAGAGUUUUUGAGCUUAAUUUCAUGCCCUGGAUCGUAACCAUUUCUAACAUUACAGUAUAAUAUACAGUGUAAUUAUUAUAAGCAGUGACAAGCUGCAUCAUGGUGAAGUUGACACAAUACCCCUGUAGUUUAUGUAGUUUUUAUACAGUAUCAACAAUUGAUUGUCUUAGAUGUAUUGCAACCAUGUUUUAACAUUAUUAUAAUAUUGUUCCAAGGUUAAGUUGAACAUAAAGUAGUUUCAGUGCUUAAAACCAGAAUUUAUUGAUCACCAGUCAAUAUUUAGAUUCCAAGAUGUGAUGAUGGCUGUCAAAAAUAUCAAGGGUGGGCAUAAUUGUUCUCUUUACCUUGAGUGUAAUGUUUUCCCAUUUCAGACCACAUGUUAUUCCCUAGAGUAUUAUUUCUUUGUUUAGCUGUUGCAAAUCAGAAGACAGAGUAAUAGACCUCUUUACCUUGGGCAUAAUGUUUUCCCAUUUCAGACCAUGUGUCAUUCCCUAGAGUAUCAUUUCUUUGUUUAACAGUUGCAAAUCAGAAGACAAAGUAAUACACCUCUUUACCUUGGGCAUAAUGUUUUCCCAUUACAGACCACAUAUCAUUCCCUACCAUCAUUCCUUAAUGGUUAUGCAUGAAAACACACAUAAAUAUGGAUACAACUCAAACAAAGAAUCUUAUGAGAAUGACACGUUGGAAAACAUUAUGCCCAAUGCAAAGAGCUCUAUAGCAAUUUAUUCCGGCAAAAGGAUUACCUUUUUACAUUUUUGCACAAAAUUUCCUCAAUUUCUCGUGUGAUAUUUUAAGCCAUCAUAAAAACUUGGAAUCUUACUAUUGUUUGAGCCCUGAAUUUGGUCCAAAGGAUUAUUUUUAGUAGAUUAAACCAAGAUAAAGUAAAAGUAGUAUAAAAACUAAUCGUCAUUGUUGUCUGGUAUGACAAAGUACAUUGGUAAAGCCUGGUCCAAACUGUAAAAUAACAGUAAUGAUGAAAAGGUAAAUUAUACACCGUGAAAAGAUGAAAAAACUUACUGACGUUUCGAUGCUAGUUUUUCAUCUUUUCACAGUGUAUAAUUUACCUUUUCAUCAUUACUGUUUCAUUAGAAACACCGACGCAGCUCACACUAGUUUUUAGCUAGUUAUAUCUUCUGUAAAAUAACAACAAGCUCGGGUGGGUGUGCUGUUUAUGCUACCCAGUUUGAUUAAUAUUAAGGUAUAUGUAAUAAGUAUAUGUACAUUUGGACAUUAAUCCUUUGGCUGAGUAAAGGUAUGACAAAGGGGAGAACCUCUCUUUUUUUAAUUCAACAAAGAAAAAAUGAAAUGUCAGUUAAGUACACCUGUUUAUUGUAUCAUGUUCAACUUGUCAUAACAAUCCAUUACAUUACAAAUGUACACUUUGUCCAAACCAUUUGCAGUAUUUCUUCAACAUGUCACAUGAAAGCAAUCAUUUGUUUUAAUGCUAAGAAUAAUAAUUGGUUAUUGGGGGCAAAACAACACGAAGAAACUUGAGAACAAUUUGAUUUUUAGAACUUAGAAAAGCAAUAAUAACCACCAAAAUUACAGCAAAAAUUGUUGCAUUGAAAUGAUAUUGGAAUGUCCUUCCAUCUUCAAUUAGGAACUCUGAGAGCUUGUCAUCAUUCAAGACUUCUUUGAAAACUCAUUUGUUUAAUUAGCUUUAAAUGUGUGACCUUUAUUACUUUUCUGAUUAUUGUAAUCAUCAUUUUUGUAUUAUUUUGUAUUCCAUCUUUCGCAGCGCCUAGAGCAGCCCUGGAUAAGCGCUUUACAAAUUGUAAUUAUUAUUAUUAUUAUUAUUAUCAUUAUUCCUUGGAAUAUCAUCAAGUCAUUUUAGAUUUUGGACAAAACAUGAGUUAAUGGUCAACACUGGACAUUAACUCAUUUGCAUAAACCUGAAAUGAUUGACGGCUUGGAAAAGACCAAAAUCCAAUCGGAGUUUUGAAAUGGUAGGUUGUGAUGCAAUGAUUUUUGCUGUAAUACCGUUAUUUUUGUAGACAACUAAAUCAUGUGCUUAUUUCUUUACUGCAACAAUAACAUAAAGUAACAUUGAGAUAUAAACAAGGUAUGACCAAGCUAAAACUAAUUUGGUUGGUCAUCAUGACCAGGGACUGACCUGUCGUUAUUUUUUGCUCUGUCAAACAUAAGAAUAUUGCUUAUUCUAACCUUGUUGUUCGAAACAAGUUAAAAGUUAUAUUGUGUAGUUCCAGAAAUCAUCCAUACCCACCCCACAGAGGAAUUUGGAAUUUCCGAAGAGUAGGGGGGGUCAGAGAAAGAACAAAAGUUGCAGCUGAGUUUGUAUGGAAGAAAAUUGGAAUUCCUGGGGGUAGGGGAUGUCUUAAAAAAAUUUCUCCGUGAUGGGGGUAUGGAUAAUUUUUGGAACUACACAUUUGUAUUUACCUCUUAUUUAUGAUAGAUGUUCAUUUUUGGACAAUUUUGUUGGAUUUCAAAGUAAAAGUGACUAGGAAAGUACAGUUUCAGGAGUUCAAUGACAUCAUGGCUGUUUCAAUUAUAUGUUUGAUAUGCUUUUGAAUUCCUAUUGAUUGACAUAAAUUUAUGCCAUUCACAAAUUAUGCGCUACACCAUGAGAAAUAUUUGUCGCUUGACAUAAAUUUAUGGUCACUUGACAUAAAAUUAAUUUCCUUCAUGAAAUACUUCAGCAUGAGAAAUAUUUGUCGCUGGACAGAAAUUCAUGUCAAAAUAUAACUUUUAACUUGUUUCUAGAGCAACAUUUUAAAAAGUUUUUCCAAAUGUCCAUGUAAAAUAAAGUAYAUAAAAACUUGUAAAUUCAUCAGAACAUGCUUUAUAUUACAAUUGGAACACACUGACUGGGACCACUUUAGCCAAUCAGGAGAGAGCAAACUUAAUAUUGUAUUGACCUCGGCCAAUCAAAAUCUCUCAUUCCCACAGUUGUUGAUAACAUCCAAGUUUUUUUCUCAGAUAUCUAUUUUCUCAGUCAUUCUCUAGAGUAUCAUUCUUCUGUUUAUCAGUUGAUCAUCAGAAAAAACACGAAGAUGGACACAACUGAAACAAAGAAUCUUAUUCUCAAGGGAAUAACAUGGGCUGAAAUGGGAAAGCUUUAUUUGGUUUAACAUGUAAUUAUGAUGAACUCCCCUGAAAAAAGUGAUAGGGAAAAUUAUAUUCUCGUCCUUGAAAUCCAGAAGAUAUUUUACUAGGCAUUUGAUCAGGGUAUUGUAGUAUAUUUUUAACUUCUGUGUAUUUGCUUAGUCUAGUGUCAAGGGAUUUGCUCUUCAAUGAUAGAAAAAAUAAAUUAUGUUAUUUCUCUGUUCA